GCCUUCCGUCCUGUCGUCAUCACGUCGGCCGGAGCUAGCGCUGCGUGCUGGGCUACGCCUCCCGGCGCACCGACGCGCCUCCCCGGUUACUAAGCGGCCUUGGAUACCUGGCCGCGGGAUGCUGGGCGGCGUCAGGUGACCGGUGGUCGCUGGGCCUCAGGUAACCAUGGAGAAAGAACUGCGGAGCACCAUUCUUUUCAAUGCCUACAAAAAGGAGAUAUUUACCACCAACAAUGGCUAUAAAUCCAUGCAGAAAAAACUUCGGAGUAAUUGGAAGAUUCAGAGCUUAAAAGAUGAAAUCACAUCUGAGAAGUUAAAUGGAGUGAAACUGUGGAUUACAGCUGGGCCAAGGGAAAAAUUUACUGCAGCUGAGUUUGAAAUCCUGAAGAAAUAUCUUGACACCGGUGGAGAUGUCUUUGUGAUGCUAGGAGAAGGUGGAGAAUCCAGAUUUGACACCAAUAUUAACUUUUUGCUAGAAGAAUAUGGAAUCAUGGUUAAUAAUGAUGCUGUGGUUAGAAAUGUAUAUCACAAAUAUUUCCAUCCUAAAGAAGCUCUAGUUUCCAGUGGAGUUUUGAACAGGGAAAUUAGCCGAGCUGCAGGAAAGGCUGUGCCUGGGAUCAUUGAUGAGGAAAGCAGUGGAAACAAUGCCCAGGCUCUCACCUUUGUGUAUCCUUUUGGUGCCACAUUGAGUGUCAUGAAACCAGCAGUGGCAGUUCUGUCUACAGGUUCUGUCUGCUUCCCACUUAACAGACCCAUUCUAGCUUUCUAUCACUCAAAGAACCAAGGUGGGAAGCUGGCAGUGCUUGGUUCGUGUCACAUGUUCAGUGAUCAAUAUUUGGACAAAGAAGAAAACAGCAAAAUCAUGGAUGUUGUUUUCCAGUGGCUCACAACAGGAGACAUCCACCUAAACCAGAUUGAUGCUGAGGACCCAGAGAUUUCUGACUACAUGAUGCUGCCCUACACAGCCACUCUGUCAAAGCGGAAUCGAGAGUGUCUCCAGGAGAGCGAUGAGAUCCCGAGGGACUUUACCACCCUCUUCGACCUGUCCAUCUUCCAGCUGGAUACCACCUCCUUCCACAGCGUCAUCGAGGCUCACGAGCAGCUAAAUGUGAAACAUGAACCACUCCAGCUCAUCCAGCCUCAGUUUGAGACGCCGCUGCCAACCCUUCAGCCUGCGGUUUUUCCUCCCAGUUUCCGGGAGUUACCACCACCUCCUCUGGAGCUAUUUGAUUUAGAUGAAACGUUCUCCUCUGAGAAGGCACGGCUGGCUCAGAUUACCAAUAAGUGUACUGAAGAAGACCUGGAAUUCUAUGUCAGGAAGUGUGGUGAUAUUCUUGGAGUAACCAGUAAACUACCAAAGGACCAACAGGAUGCCAAACAUAUCCUUGAGCACGUCUUCUUCCAAGUGGUGGAGUUCAAGAAAUUGAACCAGGAACAUGACAUCGAUACAAGUGAAACAGCGUUCCAGAACAAUUUCUGAAGACCAUGCCUCUUGAAGCUUUUUCUGCCUCCUGAUUCUCUCUUUAUAAACUAUUUUCAAAUUGUUUUUCAACUCCUUAUCAAAAUUGUUUAUACACUCUUUCCUCCAUGAGCUAUGGAAGGUAUAUAUGCAUCUUCUGUAAUACUCAGAUAGGUAUAAGAUUUUUCACAAAAUCCUUAUGUAAGAUAUAUUCCAUUUUUAAAAAUUAAAUGUAUGGUUGCAUCUGUCUUUUUAUACCCUA